UGCCUUUUGCCCCUCUUCGCUUCCCGUAAUACUUCCAGCUGUCAGUGGGCAAGCUGCUGUUAGCAGAGCUAGCUGUUAGCCGGCUAGCUUUAACCGAGAAAGGUGAAGAAAAAGCAAUAAUGGCGGGCGUGCACCCCCAGGACGACCUGCUGAAGAUGACACACAGAGAGAACUGGAAGGUGCAGCACGAGCGUCUGCAUGUGAAGCACCGCGGUCAUGAGGCCAUGCAUGCCGAGAUGGUCAUGAUCCUCAUCGCCACGCUGGUGGUGGCUCAGAUCGUCCUGGUGCAGUGGAAGCAGCGGCACCACCGCUCCUACAACCUGGUGACGCUGGUGCAGAUGUGGGUGGUUCCUCUCUACUUCACCAUCAAGCUGUACUGGUGGAGGUUCCUCUCGAUGUGGGGGAUGUUCUCCGUCGUCACCAGCUAUGUCAUCUUCAGAGCGACGCGCAAGCCACUGUCCUGCAGGACGCCCAGGAUGGUGUACAAGUGGUUCCUGCUGAUCUACAAGCUGAGCUACGCGGUGGGCGUCCUCGGUUACCUCGCCAUCAUGUUCACCAUGUUCGGCUUCAACGUGUUCUUCAGGAUCAAGGCGGAGGACUCCAUGGACGUGGGAGUGAUCAUGCUGUUUUACGGCCUUUACUACGGCGUCAUGGGCAGAGACUUUGCAGAAAUCUGCUCCGACUACAUGGCCUCCACAAUCGGGUACUACAACAGGGGGGGCAUGCCGAGCCGGAGCCUGAGCGACGACAUCUGUGCCGUCUGUGGUCAGAGGAUCCUGGUGGACGUGGAGGAGGAAGGUUUCAUAGAGGACACCUACCAGCUGUCCUGCGGACACAUAUUUCACGAGUUCUGCAUCCGCGGCUGGUGCAUUGUGGGUAAAAAGCAGACGUGUCCGUACUGCAACGAGAAGGUGGACCUGAAGAGGAUGAUGAACAACCCCUGGGAGAAGACACACGUCCUGUACGGGCAACUUCUUGAUUGGCUCAGAUACCUCGUUGCCUGGCAGCCGAUCAUCAUCGGCAUCGUCCACGGGAUAAACUUCACACUGGGCCUCGAGUAGAGCCCCGGCAAAAUGCAAUAAGUGCUUAAAAAAAAAACGUUCACAGGAAGCGAGUGUAUUUUUUAUUUUCAUUUUGACGGAACGCUUGCACAGUUUCCUGCAGACGGAGGACACUUUGAUGCCAAAACUGCUGCCGAACAUGUGUAAGCACAGAUCCAGUAUUUGCUUGAAGUCACGAAGGGGGGGGGGGGCGGUGUAUGUCGACGGAGAUUUUUAAUGUGAUAAAACCAUCGCGUUACUUUGUACUGGUUCCUCCAGAACGCCUUUUCAAACGGUUAGUCUGCACACUAACGCAUCACAUGGUUACAGAGCUGUCCUGAAAAUGGACCUGUUUACAUUUCAUCUGUCUUAUUUUAAAGUGUCUGUCUUUGUCUGUCCGAAGCGGACGCUCCACGGGCAACUUUUUAGUUUUGUACCCCUUCAAAUAAAAACUGACAGCUCAUUUUAAAUCCAAGCUGAACAUUUUGUUUCUGAAAUUAUGUUUUGUUUUUUUUACAAAAAGAUCUACUCCAUUAGCUUCAUUUUAAAGGGGUCCCUUUCUUCUCCUUUUGGGGGGGCCUUUCACUCUCCCUCCCCAUGCCUGAAACGCCUCCAUUGGACCCCUUUGUUUACAUCCGGAACAUGGUGACAUCACUAUGGAACACUUGCGCUGCUAUUGGCCAGCGCUGCAACACAUUGUACGUGAUAGGCUAAGAGGCGGGACAUCUUAGGGGUUGACCGAUGACCUGAAAAUGAAUAACGUCGUUAUCUAUCGACUUUGAUCUUAGAAUCUGUAGAAUCUGGACAUGGACAUUUAAUUUUAAUAUUCCUAUGCAUUCUCAUCAUCUGUGCAGUCCUAAUUUGAGAUGACGCUCUCUUUUUUUGGUAUUUUUUCCAACUUAUGUGCCAUAAUGAAAGGUUUCCAACCUCCAACGUAUUCAGACACAGCCGUUUAAAUGUCUUUCUCCUUUUUGCCAAAUCAUUUUGCUUUCUGUUAUCAUGAACACUGCUGCUGGUAUUACCACUUUGUAUUUAUUAAAUAUUUGUAAAACCUCA